AAAACACAGCUCUUAACCAGUGGGUUUUGUAAACUCGAGGUAGCAUAAACAGCGUGUCGUUUUAAACGGCUAAAAACAUCAACCUUUUUUAAUCUGCAUUUCAAAGAAACGAAAUCAAAAGCAGAAAAGGUUUAAGGCCGGAGGAGUUAGGGAGUGAUCUGGAUCCGCCGGCGAAGAAGUAGCACUGACCCAUUGGUCCUCUUUUCUUUUCGCCGGAAAACAAUAAAGACAGGUGAAGCAUUCUGUGUGGUAAGAAAGGAAGAUGGAAGCCAAGUUCUUUCGGUUCUUGAAGAUUGUUGGAGUUGGAUACAAAGCCCGAGCUGAGGAAGCAGGGCGUUUCUUGUACCUCAAGUUAGGUUACAGUCAUGAAGUGGAACUCGCGGUUCCUCCGGCGGUCCGGAUCUUCUGUUUCAAGAACAAUGUGGUUUGCUGCACAGGGAUCGACAAGGAUAGGGUACAUCAGUUUGCUGCAACUGUCCGGAGUUGCAAACCUCCUGAGGUUUAUAAGGGCAAAGGCAUAAUGUACAUUGACGAAGUCGUCAAGAAGAAGGUUGGAAAGAAGUCGAAAUGAUCUCUUCUUUUCUUUGUUUACUCUGUGGAGAACCUUGAUUGUUUGGUGAUAGCUUUGGGAUAUGCUUAUCAAUAAGUUUGACUUGGAUGUAUGAAACAUCAUUUUGUGGUUUAUGUUAAUUUUCA